AUGGCUCUGGAACGCGCACAGCUCAUGCUCGACUGGCUGGUGGCGAGUGGUGGAUACGUCCACCCCUCUGCCGAGCUGAGGGACGAUGCCGAUGCUGGCCUGUCCCUCUUUGCCACUGCCCCCAUACCUGCGGACGAGCGCCUUGUCUCGUGCCCGUUCAGCGUAGCGAUCACCUCAUCGCUCGCCUCGGCUUCCGUGUCCGCGGCCACUGGUGUUGCCGAGUCGGAGCUCGUGUGGCCCGAGGGCGAGAAGAAGGGCCAGAAGUGGAAUGAGCGCAUGCUCGCUUCCGCAUACAUUGGCCUGCACUGGGUGUGGGAUGAGAGGGAGAAGGAGGGCAAGACCCGCCCUGCCUCGCUCGUUCAUGGCCCCUACGUUGCCGCCCUCCCUACCACAGAAGAGCUGACCACCCCACUCUACUUCAACCCCACCGAGCGUGCCAUGCUCGCCGGCACCAACCUGGCUGGUGCUGUCGCUGACCGUGAGCGCGAGUGGGGUGCUGAGGCCGACGUUGUCCGUGCCGUGCUCAAGGAGGACGGCCUUACUUGGGACCGUUAUCUUGCUGUUGCCACGUACCUCUCGUCCCGCGCGUUCCCCAGCCGUCUCCUCCGUCUGCCGGACGAGGAGACGGACGACGAUGGAGUGAGCCCCGUGCUCCUCCCUGGCGUUGACAUGCUUAACCAUGCCCGUGGUCAGCCUAUCCUCUGGCUCUCAUCGCGCGUUCCCUCCAAGGACGGCGACAUUUCCGCCAUCUCCCUCCGCACCGCUGCCGCGCAUGAGAAGGACGCCGAGCUCUUCAACAACUACGGAGCAAAGCCCAAUGAGGAGCUCCUUCUCGGCUACGGCUUUGUCCUCCCUUCCAACCCCGACGACACUGUCGUUCUCCGUCUCGGUGGUGCUCCCCCUGCUGCCGCUGCCAGGCUACAGGCCAAGGGCCUUGACGCAACCGAGCGCUUUGCGGUUGGCCGUGAUGGCGUGCUCCCUCAGGGCCUCCUGCAGGUUAUGCGCACCAUGUCUGGCGAGGAGGAGCACGAGUGCGACGACGACGAGGACGAGCAUGCCCACCACGAGGCUGAGGAGAAGGGCCUCAACCUUGAGCUCGAUGUUCUGGGUAUGCUUGGCGAGAUGCUUGAGGAUAAGCUCGAGACUCUCGGACGCGAAGUGGAGACCAAGGGAGCGCGUCCCCGCGUUGUUGCCAUGGUUGAGGAGUACCGCCAGGGCCAGGCGGACAUUCUUACUUCUGCUCUCGACAAGCUCGGUGAGCGUAUUGACCGCAUCGAGAGCCUCAUGAGCGAGGGCCUCGAGUGCCCCUGCGGUUGUUAA